UUAGUAAACUGACCGUUGCAAAAUCAAACCGCUCGCCUGAACUCGGUCAAAUUACUUUUUAAACACCUUUCUCUCAAAAAAACAAGUAUAAAGCAGAAUGGAUGCAGAUGAUGCAAGUCGACCAAUCACUUAGUCUGCAGUAUAUGAACAGUGUCUGUCAACCAGAGCAGCAGUGCCCAGUUUAUCCCCUGCCAGCAGAGAUCUGAAACCUUAACUUCCAGGCCUGGGUCUCCCAUAAUGCAGUAUGCUGUUCACUCCAGCAAUGGCACUUACAUUGUGUCUGAAAAAAAGGGCCAAGCCACUACUGGAGGUAUGUCUGCGUAUCAGAUUUCCUCUCCCAUAUCUGGCCUUUCCCAGGCGAUGGAUGGCUCACCCGGUUCUCUGCCCAGCCCUCAGCAGCUGACUGAGGAAGCAUCACAGAAAAGGGAACUCCGACUUAUGAAAAACAGGGAAGCUGCCCGGGAAUGUCGACGGAAGAAGAAAGAAUAUGUCAAAUGUCUCGAGAACCGAGUUGCCGUGCUUGAAAAACAAAACAAGAUGCUUAUUGAAGAACUCAAGGCUCUUAAAGACAUAUACUGUCACAAAACAGAAUAACAGCAGUCCAUUGCAAACCAAAACACGAAAGACUAUACCGUUUACAGAGCAAACGCGCUUUUCACCUAAUGUCUAGCCACCUCGCGUAAUAAUCGGAAAAGGUGCAUGGUCUGUGACGUCCCAUGUGUGAAAGAUGGUGACGUGUGCAUGUGUGUACGCUGGAGGCCCUAGUGCUCCAGAGCCAGUCAAUGUGGUGUGUUGCCCGUGUUGCUUGUGCCUUUUGCAGGACAGCGGCCAAAGAGUACAGACGCAGGAAGAAGGACUAUGUGCGGAGCUUAGAGAUGUGCAUUGCUAUCACUGAAAACCAGAUGCAGAAAAUGACAGAAGAGCUGGACAGUCUAAGGCAAUGCACUGGAAAGUCUGAUUCAUUUUAGUGGCACAGUAGACUGCUGCCAUCUGUUAUGAUUCUGUUUUACUGUAAAAUAUUGUUGUCGUAUGUGUGUUUUGUAUCUUCUGUGAAAUUGAACAGUAGACCAGCACUGCCUUUGCUCAUUAGGCUUUUUUGAAGAUUUUAUAUUGACAAUUGGAUUUAAUAUUUCAAAUAUUUGCUGACAGACUAUCUAUUUUAAGAGAAAUAUUUACUUUAAUAUCAAAGGACUGCUUAUUAUGAGUCAUUCACAAACACACCAGCUCCAAAACUGAUAUGAACAUAGCUACUGUAUAUACUUUAAUGUAAUAAAUAUAGGAUAAACAGAGAUGUGUUGUAUAUACAGACAGUGUUUUUGUAUUUAUGGCAUAUUAAUUGUAACUAAAUACCAAAUCUUAUAACAAAAAUUAGAUAUUGUUUGUUACAAAUAUAUUCUUGAAUCCUUCCUGGUGGUUUUUCAGGUGGCACAGUCCUUCAGUUUCCAUUGAGACUAUCAGCACAGUUUCAUGUUUAUCUUUAGCUUCUGUUUAAAAUAAAUUUAUCUAGCUCUCCA